AUGAGCUCCUCCUCCUCGGCGUCGGCGUCAGCCGUGCCGCCGGAGGACGACGUCUGCUCCGUCUGCCACGACCGCUUCCGGAUCCCGUGCCAGGCGAACUGCUCCCAUUGGUUCUGUGGCAAGUCCCUUCUCCUACUCUUCUUCCUCUCCCUACCUGAGCAGGAGGAUGAUCCACAAGCACACCGUAUUUUAGGAGAGAUUCAGCACUAUAACUGUAUAUUUGGUGGAGCACCACACAGCCUGACUCAGAGGUUGCAAGACCCUACCCUUCUUCAUCCGAAGACUGUUCAGAGAACUAAUGGAUCCCCAGCGGACUCUCCCACUUGUGUUCAGGACGCGGAUGAUGAUGAUGGUGUGCUGGGGCUCUUUGGAUUCGUCGAUGAUCUGCUCAUCCUGCUGAUCGUGUUCCUCCACCUCGCCGCUGUUUACCGGUCGUUGCUCCUAUACCGCCACGGCGGCCAGUAG